AUGAAAUGCCCGCCACAGAUCCCAGCUAGGACAGCUCGUGCUCAAGUGAUAAUCAAAUCUGAAACGGGCGUUUCUGAACUGAUCGAGCUCCUUGUCAAUCUUGAUCAAGGGAUAAUCUCUAAAAAGGAGCAUCUUCCAGGCAAGCACUCGUAUAUCGAUACAUCUUACAUGCAGGCAGUUGAGAAUGCUUGCAGAGCUGAUCCAAGAAUCGAAUCGGAAAUUCAGAAACUCAAGCUUCCAAAAGAUGCUACUGUGGUCAUUGAGGCAUGGGCAUAUGCCACAGAUGGCAUGAAAGACAUGACUGAACGAACCACGAUGGUGAGAGCUCACCUGGGCAUGCAAGCUACGAAUAGUCCAUUGCUAACUAUCUCGCAGUGCUGGUUUUAUAUGCGUCUUUUGGAUCAUCCCGAUGCUAAUUACUAUGCCUAUCCGUUGAAUCUUUGUGCAGAACUAUCUGAGGAUUUACAGGUCACCCAGAUCUAUCACCUUCCCUCAUCUGAAGACGAUCGUGUUUCAACAGGCUGUCCAUACGACCACAACAAAGUCCAUUCAACAGAUCUGAGCGAGUAUCAUCCUUCUUUGCGCCCGCCACCACGUACCACGACCAAGCCUUAUCAGAUUAUUCAACCACAAGGCCCGUCAUUCAAGUGUGAGGGGAAUCUGGUCAGCUGGGAGAAAUGGACGUUUCGAGUUGGUUUUAAUUACCGCGAAGGCCUCACGCUCCAUGAUAUCCGCUAUGAGAAACGCAGUCUUUUCUACCGCCUCUCCCUAGCAGAGAUGUUUGUUCCAUACGGUGACCCUCGAUCUCCAUUUCCUCGGAAAGGAGCAUUUGAUCUCGGAAACGAUGGUGCUGGAAUAAACGCGAAUAAUCUUCGUUUGGGUUGUGAUUGCCUCGGGGUGAUCAAAUACUUUGACGGUUGGCACAAUACGGCAACUGGAGAGCCAGUUAAGCUACCUAAUGUGAUUUGCUGCCAUGAGCAGGAUGAUGGGAUCCUAUGGAAGCAUACCAAUUUCAGAACACAAAAUGCUAUCGUCGCCCGCUCACGAAUACUUGUUCUGCAGACUAUCAUCACAGUCAGCAACUAUGAGUAUAUUUUCGCUUUCCAUUUUGGACAAGAUGCGUCUAUCCAUUAUGAAGUUCGAGCGACCGGAAUUUUGUCCACUUGCCCAAUCAAUAUCGGCGAUAGUGUGGGAUAUGGUACUGUUGUUGCUCCCGGCGUCUUAGCUCCUUACCAUCAACAUCUCUUUUCUCUCCGCAUUGAUCCCGCAAUCGAUGGAGUUUCGAAUUCACUGCAAGUUGAAGAGUCCCACGCAACGCCAAUCAAUGAUCCGAACGCCCAUAAUCCGUUCGGUGUUGGAUAUACGACAAAGUCCGAGAUAGUCACCGAAGAAACGGGCCUCGAACUAGAUUUCACCAAGAAUCGAACAUUUAAGAUCAUCAAUGAGAAUAAAAUAAACCCGACCACCGGCACUCCCGUGGGAUUCAAGAUACUGCCAUGCUAUAGCCAAAUGCUACUUGCUCAUCCGCAGUCCUAUCACGCUAAGCGAUCGGAGUUCGGAAGUCAUGCUAUCUGGAUAACACGCUAUCAAGAUAACGAGCUCUUCCCUGCUGGAAGAUAUACUAUGCAGUCACUUGGCGGCGAAGGAAUUCAAUCAGCGAUUGAGAAGCGGAAGAAUGACCCCGCAAGCGAUACGAAUGUGCGAGAUCAGGAUAUUGUUAUAUGGCAUACAUUUGGAUCGACGCACAAUCCACGGAUUGAGGACUGGCCUGUUAUGCCAUCUGAGAAGAUGACUGUUGGACUCAAACCUGUUAAUUUCUUUAUGGGGAACCCAGCUUUGGAUGUGGCCCCCUCUUCGCAGGAAACUAAUAAGAGUGUGUUGGUUCAGGAUGGUUUAGUGGCAAUCCAGAGAAAACCAACAUGCCUCUAG